CUGACCGAGUGUAGAAACGUCGCCGCCGGCUCUCAUAACCAUCCGGUGCCGCCGCGAAUGCCCGGCAACCUCCAGAAUGCUCCAAUACCGGAACAAAGAUGAGCUGAUGAUUGAAGUCACAGAAGAGGUUAAUAGGCUCUCUCUCCCAGCAAGUGCGGCGGAGGGCGCCACCGGUGUUGAGCUCAAAGAAGUAAAUACGGCGGCAGUAUGGAGAGAAUUGAGAUGGACGAAAAGCAGACGAGGAGGCUCGAGUCGCUCAAGAAGAAGGCCAUUAAUGCCUCCAACAAGUUCAGGAAUUCCCUGACCAAGAAGGGGAGGAGAAACAGCAGGGUGUUUUCUGUUGUGAUAAUGGAGGACGAGCACGACGCCGAGGAAGUCAAGGCCGUUGAUGCCUUCCGCCAAGCCCUCAUCCUCGACGAAUUGCUCCCCUCCAAACACGACGAUUAUCAUUUGAUGUUGAGGUUUUUGAAGGCCAGGAAAUUUGAUGUGGAAAAAUCCAAACAAAUGUGGUCGGAUAUGUUGCAAUGGAGGAAAGAAUUUGGUGCUGACACAAUCAUGGAGGACUUUGAUUUCAAGGAGAAGGAAGAGGUGCUGAAAUACUACCCUCAAGGGCAUCACGGGGUGGACAAGGAUGGUAGGCCGGUGUAUAUAGAAAGGUUGGGUCAAGUUGAUGCCACCAAGCUGAUGCAAGUUACCACCAUGGAGCGCUACAUGAAGUACCACGUCCAGGAGUUUGAGAGGACCAACAACGAUAAAAUGCCCGCCUGUUCUAUAGCUUCCAAACGCCACAUUGACCAGAGCACAACUAUUCUUGAUGUCCAAGGAGUGGGUCUGAAAAACUUCACCAAAUCAGCUAGGGAGCUCAUCCAGGCCAUUCAAAAGGUUGAUGGUGACAACUACCCUGAGACAUUGUGCCGGAUGUACAUCAUCAAUGCUGGUUCAGGAUUUAGGCUCUUGUGGAACACAGUCAAGUCCUUCCUUGAUCCCAAGACCACUGCUAAGAUUAAUGUUCUCGGCAACAAGUACCAGAGCAAGUUGCUUGAAAUCAUUGAUGCCAGUGAACUUCCAGAGUUCUUCGGUGGCACCUGCACGUGCGCAGACAAGGGAGGGUGUAUGAUCUCGGACAAAGGCCCAUGGAAUGACCCUGAAAUCAUGAAGAUGGUUCGAAAUGGGGAUCACAAGUGCUCGAACAAGAUGGGUGUUCCAACUCUGGUGGAAGAGAAAACUAUCACCGAGUGUGAGAGCGCCACCAGUGCUAAGAAAACCCCUUCUUUUGCGUUGGACUCGGCAAAGAAGCUCUCAUCUGUUCAAGAGGAAGUGUGCCAACAGAAUGAGUACAUCCCCACUGUGGAAAAGAAUGUUCACCCAAGCUGGUCUAAGGCAGUAAGUUCACUAAAGGGUGACAACUUCAGUGUUGCAAAAGUGGCAGAUUAUUACACCGCACAUGAUGCGUGCAAGCCAUCAUCAGACAAAGGGAACCAACUCUUCUCAAGCAUGAUGACCUUUGUGAUGGGAGUUGUGACGAUGGUCCGAAUGUCGCGAAACAUGCCGAGCAAGCUCACCGACGCGACCUUCUAUUCCGGGUCAAUGCGCGAUGGGAUGAGUAAGGGAGGGGGGAACCCUCACUUCUACAACGAACAACCUGCUUCUAUCUCUGUCACAGAGUAUUUGAACAUGAUGAAACGCAUGGCCGAGUUGGAGGAGAAAGUGAUCACUCUCAGCAAGAAACCACCCACGAUGCCACUCGACAAGGAGGACCAGCUCGCCAGCGCUUUGAAUCGCGUCGACGUGUUGGAGCAACAACUUGCCGCGACCAACAAGGCUCUUGAGGAUGCUCUUAGCCAUCAAAGUGAGAUCAUGGCCUACCUUGAGAAGAUGAAAAAGAAAAAGAAGUUCUUUGGCUUUUGAACUGUUUAAGAGAGAAUGCAUGAAGAUAAUUAAUGUAUGUAUAUGUGUAUAGGAAACAACCAAAUUUAGAUACCUAGGGGACAUGCAUACUGUGGCAUUCACCCCUUGGCUUGUUUCAAUGUUGUUUGUUUAUGUUUAUUAUUGUUAAAGCUUUGUAUAAAUGUUUACAUCAUAUAUGCCUUCAGACAAGAAUGAUUUUGCUCAUGUAAACAUUUGUAACACUAUACCUGUGUUGU